UUGCGGGCUCAUGUUGACAAAGUUCGAAUUUCAACCCAUAAAAAUGCCUUAUUUACUACGUAGUAUAUCCCAUAGAUUGCUUUACUAAAUGAUUUCAAGGACUAACUUCUUCAAGACAGUAGCAUAUCAAAUGUCUCGAGUGUUUGCAAUAUCGGAUCUGCAUGUGGAUAUACCAGAGAACCUGGAAUGGGUCAAAUCAUUAUCGACUACUAACUAUAAACGAGAUGUUCUUAUUGUUGCUGGAGACGUCACUGAUGACAUAAAUUUACUAAAAUACACUUUACAAAAUCUAAAACAUAAAUUUUCCGACGUCUGUUAUGUACCAGGAAAUCAUGAACUGUGGAUACGGCCAAGAAAAAACGAAACUGUAGAAUACCAAGAUUCACUGGAGAAGUUCAAUGCAAUAGUCUUACUAUGUGAACAGAUAGGUGUGCAUACUAAACCCUUCAGAGUUGAUGACGUCAAACACCCUGUAGCCAUAGUACCACUUUUCUCCUGGUACGCCCAACCAGAAGAGGAUCAAACAGAUACUUUAUAUGUACACAGAGAAAUAGAGGACAAAGAGUUGACAAAAAUGGCCUGGAUGGACAAUAGGUUCUGUGUUUGGAAUUCUAUGAAGGAAUUUCCAGCAAAGUAUUUUGCAAGGUUGAAUGAUGAAAGAGUGAGCUUUAGAUACGAGUGUCCUGUGAUCUCUUUUAGCCACUUUGUGCCUCGGUAUGAUCUCAUACCUGCUUCAUUGCAGGAUUUAGAGAGAGUGUGCAAUGAAAGACAAAGAAUGGGUCUACAAGACCUUGAUGAACCGAACACUCAAGGAGCCAAUGUCAAAUUUAAUUUCAGUCGAUAUGCAGGGUGUAAAAAAAUAGAUGAGCAAAUUAGACGUCUUAAAUCAACGAUUCACGUCUUUGGCCAUCAGCAUCGAAAUAGGGACUGUGUUAUUGAUAGUGUAAGGUAUUUAUCAUUCUGUCUUGGCUACCCCAAUGAAAGAGGUAUGGGGCUGAUGUGGGGGAUGAUGGAACAUUCUGGUCCUCGGCAGAUUUGGCCAUCAUCAUCAUAAUAGGGACUGUGUUAUUAGUAGUGUAAGGUAUUUAUCAUUCUGUCUUGGCUACCCCAGGGAAAGAGGUAUGAGGCUGAUGUGGGGGAUGUUGGAGCAUUCUGGUCCUCGGCAGAUUUGACCAUCAUCAUCAUAUAAUAGGGACUGUGUUAUUGAUAGUGUAAGGUAUUUAUCAUUCUGUCUUGGCUACCCCAAUGAAAGAGGUAUGGGGCUGAUGUGGGGGAUGUUAGAGCAUUCUGGUCCUUGGCAGAUUUGGCCUUUAUCAUCAUAAUAGGGACUGUGUUAUUGAUAGGGUAGUUCAUAUUAUUUUGCAGGCUCAGGGAGUGGGGUUUAUUGCUAAUAGGGGGAUAUUUUUCUGCCAAUUUUCCAAACAAAAGAAUUUUUUAUUCUUAUAAAAGUCAUUAUAUAUUGUGGUCUAGGUGGGGUACAAACAACACCAAUGAGGCAUGAUGAACAAAAUAUAUUUGUACCCAAGCUAGACCACAAUGCACCAUGUUUGCUAUUCCAGAAAAUGUCUAAGAUUGUGUUUUCUAACAUGUUUUUAAAAAUCUCAUACUUUUUUUGUGGAAU